AUGUCCUCCACAGGUGAAACACAAAAUCUGAAAAGUCCAUUUGCUGGAUCGGAUUGGAGUAUUGGGACCAUAGUGUCCGCUUUGUUCACCUGCUUGUUCGCGUAUGAUGGCUGGGACAUUUUGAAUUUUGGUGCCGAGGAAAUUGAAAAGCCAAAAAGAACCAUGCCUCUUGCUAUCGUGAUUGGCAUGUUAUGCAUUGCUCUAAUCUUCCUUGCCGUAAAUUUCUCGUACUUUGUUGUGUUGGAUCCUGCUGAAAUACUUGAGAGUGACGCUGUUGCCGAG